AUGUCACAAAUCGGUGAAGCGAUGCAACAAGUGCGCGAACAUUUGCAAAAAAGUCCAACAGUUCGCUUCACACGCGCCCAGACGCACAUCUUGACCUCGGAACUGCCAGAGCACUGGAGAAGCAACAAAUCCCUACAAAUCCCGUUCACCGUGCUUUCACUCCUUCCAGUGCCUGAUGGGACAAGGAUAACAGUUCACGCGGGAAACGAAGAGGCGCCAUGUGGCGAGGUGCGAAACGCGCAAUCUGAGUUCAAACGUCAAUGCGCAAAAUUCAGUGACUUGCGAUUCGUCGGGAAGAGUGGGCGAGGCCGAACCUUUCACUUGACUCUCGUCAUUCACACCGAUCCUUUACAAGUCAUCGUUGUCGCUCGAGCGAUAAAGGUGACAGUGGACGGUCCUCGGGAGCCGAGGCCGAAACCCGGCGAGCGUUCCCCUUUAUUGAGGAAAUUCCCUUGGGACACGCCACCGUCAAGUGGUGGAUGGCCUGGUUUCCCAUCACCGAUUCCUCUGAUCUCACAUUCUCCGCAUUCCUAUCCUUCACCAAUCCCUGGCCUCUUCCCACAGUUGUACUCGAUGCAGUUACAGGCAGCCCUACUCGCCUCCCGUCCCACUCCAUUCCUCUCCCCAUCAUCACUCCAAUCGACGCCACUUUCCACUCGUCUCAAUUCCCAAGCCUCUCUCUCAGCCCUCACAAUCCCUCAAAAUCAGCCUUCCAUCAACUCUCACCAGCCUUCCAACAAUUCUCAUCAACCGAUCUCACCGCCCGUAAAACACUUUUCUACACAAGCGGAUUCAACGCCGACCACAUCGAGAAAACGAAAGAAAUCGAUGGAAAUUGAGGAAAAUGAGGAGGUGAGAGGGAAAAGGACGAGUGAGACAUUGUGGAGACCAUUUGAGGCAACGAGA